AUGUUAGGGUUUACCUCCUUCAGCGAGACCAGGACAGCCGUGGAGGCUGAAGGCAUCUAUAUCGGGGGCUGGUCCAUCCGGCGCGCGAUGUGGCCAAAGACUGUGGACGGAAAACAUGACAGUAGCCAAGACCGGGUCGAGCAUGUUGCUGCUAUCCAGGACUGGGAUGCGGCCGAAGAAGCAGCCCUGGUCAGAAAGCUCGACUGUCGCGUUCUUUUGCCAUGCUGUAUCGUCUACUUCCUUGCUUACCUCGACCGCGCGAAUAUGGGCUUUGUCAACAUCAUGCAUGCGGGCACAGAAGAUAGUUUUGAGGAGAGCUUGCACCUGAAAGGUACAGAUUUCAACUGGGCCGUGUCAAUCACCUACUUCAUGGUGACUGUGCUACUCAUGCCUUCGAACCUUUUGAUGAAGCGAUAUGGCGCGAAAAAGUACUUCCCAGUGAUUAUGGUUCUUUUUGGCACCAUUGUCAUGACGAUAUCCGCCGUGAAGAAUGUCGAUGGUCUCCUGGCAGCUCGUUUCUUCCUCGGUAUUCCCGAAGCAGGUGUCGUGCCAACGACCAUCAUGUACUUCAGCUUCUGGUACAAGCCUACCGAACGAGCGUUGCGAAUAGGAAUUUUCCACGCAGCAAAUGCUCUUGCCUCUGGCGUUGGUGGCUUCCUCGCCGUGGGUAUUGACAAGCUUGAUGGAAGAGCCGGAUUGGAGAGUUGGCGUUGGCUCUUUAUUAUCGAGGGUCUCCUUCCAAUCGUCAUGGCUCUACCGGUGUACUUUCUGCUCUUGACAUUUCCAGAGACAUCGACAGCACUAUCAGACCGAGAACGUCACAUUGCCAUCAACAGGUUUGGUCGGGGCUCCACACGCAGUACCGACGUGACAUGGGAGUGGCGAGCCUUCUAUGCAGUCAUGAAACGCCCGUCUACGUAUGUUUUUUUCGUGUCGUACAUCUGCCUCCUGAUUGUCGCCGUGGCUCUUGGAACAUUCCUACCAACGAUUCUCAAAGUGUUUGCGAAAUUCUCAAGCACAAAAGCGAACGAGUAUACGUCUGCUGUCUACUUCGCUGCCAUUGUGUGCUAUGCCGUAUGGUCAUGGCACUCUGACUGGACCAGAGAGAGGAUCUGGCAUUAUAUCAUUCCAGCGCUUGGCGCCAUACCUUGUUUUGCAGUAUGGACCUAUGUGGGAGUCCAUCAGAGCUUCGGCAGUAUCAAGCCUAUUUCGCUCUACGGUCUUGCAUUCCUCGGAAAUCUUGUGUCGAUUGCACAACCGGCUGCUCUAAGCUACAGAAGCGCCACUCUCUACGGAGCAGCUGAACAGGCCGUGGGUGGUGCAAUUGCAAUUGCAUCUCUGUCGAUUGCCAGCAUUAUUGGCCCCCAAAUUUUUCCAAGUGCAGAUGCGCCAUGGUACGUUCCUGGCUUUUCUGCUGCUUGCUCGACUAUUGCUUUUACCAUCAUCUCGUUCGCUUCUCUGCCAGUCUGGCUGCUUUUGGAAGCGAAGUCUCGAAAGAAGAAGACUGACCAUGCAAUGCCUCUUCGGGCAAUGGAGGAUGCCGAGCAUGCUAUGGUUUCGGCAGCUGCCCUAGAGCGACUUCACGAGCAGAACACGAUGGAGAACAAAGUCGAUGUUGAGACUCCAAAGCACGUCGAAACAAUACCUAUGGAACCUUCGACCAAGCACUAG